AUGAACAAAAUUUUCCUGUUUCUAGGAAUAGCAACUCUAGUUUUAUCAAAUUAGUAUGUGCCAAUUCCAAAUAAACCAUUGGGAGUUAGUAAAGGAGAUUCCAAAAAAUUAAUAAUUGAAGCAUUUUUUGAUUUAUAAUGUCCAGAUAGCAGGAAUUCAUUCAGAAUCUUAGAUCAGGUCUUAUAAUAAGGUUAUGGAACAUAGUAUCAUAUUAUUUAAUCUUAGAUUUAAAUAUACUAUUCAUAUGUUUCCUCUUCCAUAUCAUAGAGCAGCAUUCCCAGAAGCUUAAGGAUUUGCAUUUUUAUCUGAAAUUAAUACAGAAGCAGCCUACUUAUUUGCAAAAACUAUAUUUGAUAAUUAAGAGACACUUGCAGAAGCAGCAACAUUAGAUUGGACUUGGCAAGAAAUAUUAAAUAAAGUGGCUUAAUUUGCUAAAGAGAAUGUGUAUCCAUAAUAUUAGUAUGAUGAAGUCAAAUUUGCCAAAUCACUUUUACCAGGCACUGAUUGGAAUUUGAAGGCUAGAUAUUGGUGGAAAUAUGGUACUUAUAGAACAGUUUCUGGUGCACCCAUUUUUAUAGUUAAUGGAGUUAUAUUGAAUGGAGCAGAAGAGUAUGAUGUUCAAGAAUGGAUUGAUUUUAUUAAUCAAAAAAAUCCUAAAAGUGUUAAGGAAUUAUGA